AUGCCACUCGUUUCAGCAAUGACGUCUAUACGGGAUGUUAUCGUGGCGGCUCUCAAGUCUCUCUUCCGCGGCAAGUCGUUCCUGAAAGCACUACUCGCCUUCUGGACGGCAAGCCCCGUCACCACGGCCGUCCCUAUCAACAAUCCGCAAGACGUCGGAACGAAGGCCAACGCCGACCCUGCCGCCGACUUCCUCGCCGAGGCCGAGCACCUGCUGUUGGGCUACAUCGACGCUGGCGGGCUGAAGCAACUUUCAAGAAAGCUGAAAAGCCAGUUUCGGGAACGACUAUGGUCUAACCCGGUUUGCAUGCUGCCCUCCUACAACUCCCAGCUCCCAACCGGCGAUGAAGUCGGCCAGUUCCUCGCUCUUGACGUCGGUGGAUCGACACUACGCGUGGCUUUGGUGGAUCUCAGGGGUCGUGGCGCGCCGGGUUCCGAGGACAAUAUUAUCCAGAUGGACACUUUCAAGAUCGACAGCGACGUCAGGAGUCUGAGAGGGAGGGAAUUCUUUGACUGGAUGGCCGAGAGGAUACACCGAACCGUGGCCAAGGAUAGCUCCAGAGGCCAUCGCCCAGAGCACCCGCUCCUCAUGGGCUUAGCCUGGAGUUUCCCCAUUAUGCAAACAUCCUCCAAGGGAGGGAAACUGAGUCUCAUGGGCAAAGGAUUCCUCGCCAACGACGGUCUCAUUGGGGAGGACCUCGGGGAAAUUAUUGAGACGGCCUGCAAGAAACAAGGGUUGUAUGUCGAGCUCUCCGCCAUCGUCAACGACUCGAGUGCUGCGCUCCUGUCGGAAGCCUACACCACCCCAUCAACCCGCUUCAGCCUCAUCCUCGGAACCGGUUCCAACAUUGCCGCUUACCUUCCCGUGACAACCAUCGACCGACCCAAGUUCGGCGACCGGCCCAGCAGCUGGUACGAAAAAGCCAGCCACGUCAUUGUCAAUACGGAGGCCAGCAUGUUCGGCCAAGGCGUCCUGCCCCUAACCAAAUGGGACAACCUUCUUAAGGCCGCCCUCGACCGGCCGGAUUUUCAACCGAUCGAGCAACUCGUGAGUGGCUACUACCUCGGCGAAAUUUGCCGCCUCGCCUUGCUCGACGCCAUUCCAUCCACAGGCGUCUUUGGCGGUGUCGUCCCGCCCUCCCUCCAAACGCCCUACUCUCUGGACACCGAAACCCUGUCCGUGAUCGAAGCCCCUGUCCCACCCACGUCAGCAGACCUUUCCUUCCUCCGCACUCUCGCCUCCCACAUCAUUCGCCGCUCCGCCUCCGUCAUUGCUGCAUCAAUAUUUGCGCUCUGGGAACUCAAGGCCGAAGCCGAGAACGAGCUCCUCUCCACGCUCUCCCCGUCUUCCUCGUUCAUAGCCGAGACGGAGACGGAGCUGCAGAUGGCGCGCGGCGGCACCACGACGGUGGCAUUCAACGGGUCCGUGGUGGAGCAGUACCCCGGUUACAGAGAGCGUCUACAGGAGUACGUGAACGGGUUGCUUGCGGAGGAGGAAGAAGGGGAGAGUGGCGUAAAGGGUUCGAUCAAGCUGGUAGCGGCGCGGGAGAGUUCGCUGAGGGGCGCGGCUGUUGCUUUGGCUUGUUUGGCGUAG